ACAUCUGGAAAACAUUGAGGAGAGAGACAGUGUGGACGAGCGUGGGACUGACAAAGGCAGAAUUCUGUGAGAAGAAAGGCAUUAAACAUAGGUGGAAUUCUUCAAGAUAGAAAUUAUGUUUACAUUUCAAGCCUGUGGAAAAACGAGUUAAGCUGUAAAAAGAACGCGUUUAAGUUCACUCAGGAAGGAGGAAAAACUGAUUCAGGGGCCUGGCCUGUUCAGAGACCAAUUCUAGGACAUUUGCCAACCUAACAAAGCAUUAAGGGAGUUUGGCUUUAAGCGGAGUGUGACAAGAACUGAAAGAAAUAAAAGUCAUCUUCAGGAUGUCUGUUUCUCGGAGGUGCUUGUGCUGCGUUAAAUAUUUGAUGUUUGUCUUCAAUCUUAUCUUCUGGCUUGGAGGAUGUGGCUUAUUCGGCGUCGGGGUCUGGCUUUCCUUCAAACAGGCAGAGUUUUCCUCUCUGCCCUUGUCCUUCCCAUCACUUUCAGCUGCCAAUGUGUUGCUGGUUGCUGGUGGUAUCACGAUGGUCACAGGAUUCCUGGGUUGCCUCGGAGCUCUAAAGGAGCAGCGCUGUCUUUUGUUCACUUUCUUUGUAAUCCUGGUGAUUCUGAUCCUGACAGAGAUCACCUUGGUGCUGAUUUUAUAUUACCUCCAUGACCAGGUGGAGUUACAUGCCAAGGGUGAUUUAAAGGAUGGUAUGAAGAAAUACAAUUCAGAACGCGAACUGCAAAAAUCCUGGGACAAUGUGCAGAAAAUGUUCAAAUGCUGUGGAGUGAACAACAAAACAGACUGGUAUGAAGUGCUGAACGGAACCCUGCCCUUAUCCUGCUGCAUUGGAGCAGAGAAGGAGACGUGUAAAGUAUGGAAUGAGCAGGGGUGCUAUGAGAGGGCAAAAACCCUGCUGGGAAAACACAUCCACCCCAUCCCCGUUGGUGUGUGCAUCGGUAUUGUACAGAUUUUGGCCAUGGUGUUCUCCAUGCAGAUGUACUGUCAAAUUCUUCAUGCUGAGAAGAAUUUGGACUAACAGCGGGGUACCAUGCGUUGACUGGGCAUAAACUUCAAGGGGGAAACCUCCAGAGGCUUCUACGUUGCUGAAGGACACUUAAAAUCUUAAGAUUUCUUUACGGGGUCUAGGACAUGGCCCAGAAAUCAUAAAGCUUGUGACAGGGUCCCAACAAUUCCAAUUUGACUUUUGCUGUUAAUGGAUAUGUUCAGUUACUACAAGGAUGUAGAUUGGUCCAAAUUUGUUUGUUUUUUUUGUCUUUAAAUGCAUCAACUUGAACACAUUUGUAUGUAUUUUAUUAUUAUCCAGUAAAUAUGUAAUUAAAUACAAAUUUGACUAGUCAGCAUGUUUAUUGUAUACAUAAACAAUGCCUUUAAAAUGCUGCUUAAUUACAUUUGAUUGCCGCGUUACAUUCUUCUUUUUAUAUGCAAAUCCCGAAUUAAGGGUGCUGUAGUUUGUACGAUGCAAAGUUUUAGCUGGAGGGAAAACCCACUGUCUUUGAAUUCUCUGCUGAUUCUGUGUCCCGUUACUCAGUCCCCGCUGUCUCGUGCUGAAUAAUCAAAUUUCCUCACAUAAGCAUUCAUGAAUGACUAUCAACUGUGCCUUCUGUUCUACUCAUCUCAAAUAGCUGAAUGCAAUAUCAUUCUGCAGUGUUUUCAGAUUAUUUGCUGGUUAAGAUGUUUUGAAGCAAAGACUAUGUUUCCAACUGUUUCACAGGGUAAACUAGUUCUGCAGCCUUUCUGUCAGGUUCAAACUGAAAUUACAUGAUUGUAAAUGUUGCAUUUGUUCAUAUUAUUGUGGUCAGUUUCUAUAAAUUAUAUUCCUUCAUAAAAAAUGUGUUAAGAUUAUCAUGCAGUAUCUCCUUUAAUUUUGUCACAUCAUUAAGGGUAAAUUUAAACUUUUCAUUUAAAUUAAGUGACACACAGUUUGUUAAAGCAAAUUAGGAGGAGACAUCUUUAAACAUUGGGUCUAUGGUGUUGCUUAACUAGAAUCUGUGUGUGUCUGAAUGACACAUGGAGUAUAUUUUUUUUCGAUGUUUGAAUAGGCAGACAAGUGAAUGUUUUCAAUUAAAAAAAUGUUGAUGUUGAAAUUAUGUGUAUAACUAGUUUGUUUUUCAAUGUCAGAGCAUAGCUGGUCAAAGGACUCUAAAAGAAAAAAAAUUAAUCAAAUAAAAACUUGUUAUAUCAUCACAUUAAAGUAAAUAAAACUAUACAAUCAUC